AUGUCUAGCGCCGUCUCUAAUGAUUCUGCAAUUCUGCGGCCCCGUGCCGUCCCUAUUCAACCCGAUGGAAAGUCCGAAGGGCCUCUUCCCCUUCCAUUGGAGAAGCUAGCUCUGGACGCAAGUGGCCGCUCAACCCCUAUCGCCGAAGAUGCUCCUCCGUCAGUGCAUUCGAUCUCAUCCGCGAGAAAGCAGGUCCGCGCCCGCAACCGCCUGUUUUACACGAUUGACUAUAUUCCUCGUGUAUCGCACUUUGACCCAGACAGUAAUUACCACAACUUCAGAGGGUUCUUUACCCUGUUCUGGAUCGGUUUGGCUAUUAUGGUCGGGACCAGCAUGUUGCGCAACAUCAAGGAAACCGGAUAUCCCCUGCAAGUGCGCGUUUGGAGUCUCCUGACAGCCAACGUGUGGAUGAUGGGUGUUAGCGAUCUUGCUAUGGUGGUCAGCUCAGCACUCGUGUUACCCAUGCACAAGCUAUGGCGGGGUGGCCCGCAGUGGCUGCGAUGGACGCGCGGGGGUAUUAUUUUGCAGAGCUUAGGCGAGGCAUUUUGGUUGGUUUUAUGGAUCAACUGGCCCUUCAUGAUGCAAUGGACCUGGACUGCGCAGGUGUUCUUCACGCUGCACACGCUGACCAUCCUGAUGAAGCUGCAUUCAUACGCCUUUUACAACGGUCAUCUUAGUGAGACUGAGCGCCGUCUUGCUUCUUUGGACAAGCCAGGUGAAAAGUCGCCCGAGUCCGCGACUGCUGUUCAUUACCCGGAGGUUCACCGCCGUCGACCAUCAAUGAAGCAGCAUGACGAAGCCCAUCCCGCAGAGCCGUUGGAGAGACUGCGUGAAAACCUAGCUACGGAGUUGACCUCCCCGCUAGGCAACAUCUCAUACCCGCAGAACCUUCACAUUGGAAAUUAUGUGGACUUCCUCUUCUGUCCGACCCUCUGCUACGAGUUAGAGUAUCCACGCCGGGAGCAUCGACGCUGGUCGGAGAUCGGCUGGAAAACCAUGGCCGUGUUUGGUUGUAUCUUCCUGCUUACCCUAGUGAGCGAAGAAUAUAUCCUUCCCGUCUUGACAGAGGCCAGCGCCCAGCUCCACGUUUUCUCCAACAUCACAGACAAGGCUCUCGUACUUGCUGAGACUAUCAGCAUGCUUCUUUUCCCAUUUAUGAUUACGUUCCUGCUUGUAUUCCUCGUUAUCUUUGAAUACGUGCUGGGUGCAUUUGCCGAGCUGACUCGAUUUGCCGAUCGCCACUUUUACGCAGAUUGGUGGAACUCAUGCGACUGGAUGGAAUUCUCUCGCGAGUGGAACGUACCUGUUCACCACUUCCUCUUCCGCCACGUCUACUGGCCCGCUCGCUGUAACUUCUCUCAACCAGUGGCUAUGGUCAUCACGUUCUUGGUCAGCUCUAUAUUCCACGAGCUGAUCAUGAGCUGCAUUACCAAGAAACUUCGGGGAUACGGAUUCCUGGCCAUGAUGCUCCAGCUUCCUAUUGUUGCGAUUCAGAAGUCGCGCUUCUUCCGUGGAAGAACGAUACUUAAUAACGCAUUUUUCUGGUUUUCGAUGAUCUUAGGUUUAUCCAUGAUGUGUGCAUUAUACGUCCUUGUUUAG